AUGGCAGCGGUGCCUGGAGACCCACGCUUGGCCGUGGACCGCUCUCUCCGGGAGCGCGUCCCUCCGCUGCUCACGGACCUUUACCAGUUCACGAUGGCGUACGCGUACUGGCGGGCCGGGCGGCACCAGGAGCCCGCCGUGUUCGAGCUCUUUUUCCGGGACAAUCCUUUUGGGGGAGGAUUCUCUCUGUUCGCAGGACUUCAGGACUGUCUGCAGUUCCUCCGCAGCUUUCACUUCACAGAUGAAGAUGUGGAGUUCCUGCGCUCGGUCUUGCCCCCCGUCACUGACCCGGCCUUCUUCACCUUCUUGAAGUGCUUGGACUGCUCUGGAGUCACACUGCGCUCGGUGCCAGAAGGGACCGUGGUAUUUGCUCGGGUCCCUGUGAUGGAAGUGGCCGGUCCUCUCGCUGUGGUCCAACUCCUUGAGACCAGUUUACUCUGCCUUGUCAACUAUGCAAGUCUUGUGUGCAGUAAUGCCGCUCGGUUUCGUCUGGCAGCCGGCCCCAGGAGGAGGCUGCUGGAGAUGGGUCUGCGUCGGGCUCAGGGACCAGACGGAGGACUCACUGCCUCUAGAUACAGUUACAUCGGAGGCUUUGAUAUGACCAGUAAUGUUCAGGCUGGCUUCCUGUUUGGGAUCCCGGUGGUGGGGACCAUGGCGCACUCCUAUGUUACCUCAUUCACUUCCUUAGAGGAGGUGUGGCCUCAGACUCUAAAUGCAGCUAAUGGAGACCAAGUCGACUUUAUCUCGCUGACCAAAGGAUUGCUCGCCCGUGUUUGCGUCCUGCUCAAAGCCGAAGCCGGGAAGAUCCAUGAGGGCGAGCUGGCGGCGUUUCUCACUUAUGCCAUUGCCUACCCACACAACUUCCUGCCUGUGAUUGACAGCUACAGCGUGGACUGUAGUGGUCUUUUAAACUUCUGUGCUGUGGCUUUGGCCCUCUCAGAGCUGGGCCACAGACCUGUGGGAGUGCGCCUGGACAGUGGCGACCUCUGCAGGCAGUCGUUGAACGUGCGGCAGGUCUUCAAACUCUGCAGUGAGCAUUUUUCAGUCUCCACCUUUGAUUCCUUAAUUAUUGUUGGGACCAACAGCUUUUCAGAAAGCACAAUGGCUGAUCUCAACAAGAAGGAGAAUGAGAUCGAUGCAGUUGGUGUUGGUACACACCUGGUGACAUGUUCCAAACAAACAUCACUGGGGUGUGUAUACAAGUUGGUGGAGGUUAGAGGGCGCCCCAGAAUGAAGGUCAGCGAGGACCCGGAGAAAAGCACGGUGCCGGGGAAGAAGGCUGUGUACCGCCUGCUGGGAACAGAUGGACAUCCCUUUCUGGACGUGGUGUGUCUAGCAGUGGAGCCGCCUCCGAAGCCCGGGCAGCCUUUGAGCUACUACCUCAGAGAAGAAGACACCUCACGUAGUGUCACACCCACUCAGGUCACAUGUCUACGGCAAGAAGUGUUCACCAAAGGACAGGUCACAUAUCCACUUUGUAACGCUAAAGAAACUCGAGCAAAUGCCCAGAGCUCCCUCCAAACUCUAGACCCGAAGCACAAGAGGCUGCAGGACCCAGAUGUUUACACGGUGGCUGUGUCAGAGAAACUCCAUAAACUGGUCUCUGAAAUCCAAAGAAGCUGCACCAACAACAGCUCCACCAACUUUCUUUUAUCAAAUUAA